AAACGCCUGAAAGUUAACAUAUUGAUAUAAUAACCGUCAUACUGUAUCAAAGUAAACUUGGAGCGACGCGAUGACAUGUUGUCUCGCACUACGACUCGGGAAACGGCGCGGUUUAUCAGGCUACAGGUGAAAUGAAUUAUAUGAUCAACUUCACAGGGUGGUGAAAGUCGUGGUGAUGAGCUUGAUGCUCUUUUCCGACACAUAUACUCAUUCUGCUCUCAUUCUGGUGACAUGAUGAUCAAUGCUUCACUGCCGAUUGACAAAUACAAAAUAUUCUCGCUAUUAUCCAUAAUAAUCUCAUCAUGUAGACUAGCCUACUCGCACUGGUGGAGGGAAAAACGCAUCAUUUCAUAAUCCAGAAUGUUGAAUAUUCACGUGAAAAUCUAUCUCCAAUUGGAUGAAAACAUGGCUAUAGUAACGGAAAUAUACAGUUUAAACAGUUGUCUAUAUCACAGGACUAUAAACGAGGGAGAAAACAGUUUGAUAUUAUCUUACUGCCAUAUUUAUUACUUGAUUGUAACAUGAGGACUAGGCUUUAAGAAUCCUCUAAAUCCUCAUCAAUGGACGGUUAUUAUCUGCGCUGUAAUUCUACAUUGUCACCGCUCUGCUGAGAUGACCGGUCAGUUCGGCUCCUCUCUGAGUGGUCAGGAGGUGUCGAUGUGGAGGAGCGCCGCAGCGCUGGGGAACUGUGACGGUUGCGGCUGAAUAAAGUUGAUCAGUGCUUUUCGAAACCCUUGGGACGUCCCUAACCUUAACCCCCUACCUAACCAUUUAACCAUCAAAUUCAAUGGGAGGCACGUCCCAAAUAUAUCGGAUAGCAUGGACAGAAGAAGUUUCCAGUGGGCUGGACUAUUCACUCCGGAGGGGCGGCAGAUUGCGAACUUUCAGGAAGGAAACUAAUAGCUCCCGGUCACAGCCCUGCCUCCUGUGUAGUGGAAUGGAAUGCACCCGGAACUCACUUCCUCUUGAAGACGAGUGUUGAAUUAAGAAAGUAGUUGCACCUGUUCCCAUGAAACGUUCAUGUUUGGAGAGAUGGCAACUUGACAAGCACAAGAAUAACAGUAGCGAACGGGACAGCGUGUUGUAAUGUCGUCCCAGGCUGAGAACGUGGCGGAACUUUUAGAAAUAGACAUAUGCGACGGCGACAUCUGCUCGGAGGGGGAGAGCGGAGUGUUCAUCAACUCAGGUACAGGUGCGUCAUUCUUAGACGGCUUCUCGGCGUUUCAGCAGUGGACCGGACCUAGAUCUCGUUCCUCUUCAGGCCACAACAACACAGACUCUGUCUCAAAGAGACCGAGAGAAACAUCAUCCCCGAGUCUGUAUCCCCAGAACGGCCUGGGGUCUGGAGCCGGUGAAAGUGUGACCCUUGGCGACCUCCAGGGUCAGGAUCUCCGAGCCCCCCGCUCCUCCAUAGUGGACUGUCUGUUGGUGGAGCUCUAUGACACCUACAGCAGCGCUCGGCUCAGUGUUGACAGCCCGGAUAGCAGUACCGAGGCGUCCAGCUCUGAGCUGUUCUGCCGCAGUAAUACUGGAUCCACCUUCCUCCAGGAACUACAGGAGAAACACACCAGGAGACACCAGGUCAACUACCUGUCUCAGAAAGCACCAGAAGAGUUGAGCUGUAUCAUAGGAGAGGUACGCUACAGGACCGGUCUCCAGUCAGCCAAGCUGCUGCGCCAGCUGAAGAGGAGGGACCGCCUCAGUCACAAGCUCCAGAAGAACUAUGACAUCAUCACCGCCUGUCUGCAGGCCGUGUCCCAGAAGAGAAGAGUGGACACCAGGUUAAAGUUCACCAUCGAACCUUCUCUGGGCAAGAACGGCUUCCAACAGUGGUAUGAUGCUCUGAAGGCUGUGGUCAGACUUCCUACAGGCAUCCCUAAAGAGUGGAGGAAGAGGGUAUGGCUGACUCUAGCUGAUCAGUACCUCCACAGUAUCUCUAUCGACUGGGACAAAACUCUCCGCUUCGCUUUCAACGAACGCAGUAACCCUGACGAUGACUCACUGGGCAUCCAGAUUGUUAAGGACCUACACAGGACAGGUUGUAGUUCAUACUCCGGCCAGGAGGGGGAGCAGGACCGGGUGGUGCUGAAGAGGGUGCUCCUGGCGUACGCUCGCUGGAAUAAGGCUGUAGGAUACUGUCAGGGCUUCAACGUACUGGCGGCGCUCAUACUGGAGGUUACAGAGGGCAACGAGAGCCACGCACUAAAGGUGAUGAUCUACCUGAUAGACAAGGUGCUACCAGAGAGCUAUUUUGCCAACAACCUGCGUUCUCUGUCUGUGGACAUGGCUGUGUUUAGAGAUCUCCUGAGGAUGAAGCUGCCUCAUCUCUCACAGCACCUACACCUCCUGCAGAAGACUGCUGAUAGAGAGGCUGGAGGCAGCUACGAGCCUCCCCUGACCAACGUGUUCACGAUGCAGUGGUUUCUGACCAUGUUUGCUACCUGCCUGCCCCCCAACACCGUGCUGAAGAUCUGGGACUCUGUGUUCUUCGAAGGUUCUGAGGUUCUCCUGAGGGUGGCUCUGGCCAUCUGGUCUCACCUGGGGGAGCAUAUAGAGUACUGUCAGACAGCAGACGAGUUCUACAGCACCAUGGGAUGGAUCACUCAGGAGAUGUUGGAGAACAGCCUCAUAGACUGUGGCCACCUCAUGCAGACGGUGUACUCUAUGGCUGUGUUUCCAUUCCCUCAGCUGGCUGAACUCCGAGAGAAAUACACCUACAACAUCACCCCCUUCCCCACCUCUAACCCCAACGGCAGUGGUGGUCUAGGUGGCUGGGAGGGUGAUGAAGACGAGGAUGAAGAUGAAGCUGCAGUGGUGACAGCAGCGUUGGGAUGUUUGGGUCCACUGGGGGGGCUGUUAGCUCCAGAACUACAGCGGUACCAGAGACACAUUAAAGACCAGCGUGGGGGGGAGCAGGGCGGUAACAUGGCAGACCUGAGUCCCGGGGCGGUGGAUGGUGGCGGCAGGGCGGAGCAUCAGGCGGCCAUCAACAGCAUGCUGCAGGAGAGGAUGAGUACUGACAUCAGCGCUCUGAAGAAACAAUACUCACGUAUCAAGAGACAUCAGCAACAACAGGCCAGGCAGCUGUACAUACACACAGAUAGAUGUCCAGCCACCAGCGUGUUAGCAUCUCAGCUACAUCCUUCUCCUGUCGUCAACCACCUGUUGCUAGGCAGGAAGCCCAGGAACAGCCUGAAACACCCUCUCUCCCCUCUCCCCUCCAGCCUGCGAGGUGUCCCCUGCCUCAGGCACACGGGAGAGGGGAGGAACAGACUGGUAUCUCAGGCUGAAGACUGUCAGAGCAGGGUGGGGUCCCCCUUGCGUGCCCACGUACGUGCCCACCGCAGGAACAUAGCCCGGGCACGGGUACAGCUAGGGUUUGGAGACAUGGACAGACACCCUCAUCAGGCGGAGGAGGCCAGCCACCCUCAUCAGGCGGAGGAGGCCAGCCACCCUCAUCAGGCGGAGGAGGCCAGCCACCCUCAUCAGGCGGAGGAGGCCAGCCACCCUCAUCAGGCGGAGGAGGCCAGCCACCCUCAUCAGGCGGAGGAGGCCAGCCACCCUCAUCAGGCGGAGGAGGCCAGCCACCCUCAUCAGGCGGAGGAGGCCAGCCACCCUCAUCAGGCGGAGGAGGCCAGCCACCCUCAUCAGGCGGAGGAGGCCAGCCACCCUCAUCAGGCGGAGGAGGCCAGCCACCCUCAUCAGGCGGAGGAGGGAGGAGGCCAGCCACCCUCACCCUCAGGCGGAGGAGGCCAGCCACCCUCAUCAGGCGGGAGGAGGCCAGCCACCCUCAUCAGGCGGAGCAGGACAGACACCUCAUCAGGCGGAGGAGAGAGAUGGAGUGGAUACUCCUGGUACCCGCUAUCUCCCUCCCUCCCUCUCCCCUGCCCCUCCACCCCCCAGCAGGUGUUCUCUCCCUUCCCGAGUGUGAAACAGCACAGGAGGUCAGCUGCAGCCCGUAACCUGGGUCUCUACGGUCCCACAGCCAGAACCCCCACAGUUCACUUCCCUCAGCUCAGCCUGAACCGUUCCUCCUCCACUCUCUCCACCAGGAAGCGCUAGAGGCCACGCUUCACUGACUGACUGGCUCUGAACCGUUCCUCCACUCUCUCCACCAGGAAGCGCUAGAGGCCACGCUUCACUGACUGACUGGCUCUGAACCGUUCCUCCACUCUCUCCACCAGGAAGCGCUAGAGGCCACGCUUCACUGACUGACUGGCUCUGGAAAAUAUACAACCUGAUUCUCUCUGAUGGUCUGGAUCUGUGGCAUUGGGACAGGGGACUGUACCUGAGAGGAACAGGCAGGGACAGUAUCAGCUAUGGUCUGAUCCACUGCUGUAGUUAGGCCCUUAACUCUUCACAGUGAAGGUCUCCCCUCUCAACCACUGGGGAGGAAGAGCUGCUAUGAAACCCACUAUGUUGUAGUCAUCUCCCUGGGUCUGUCUGUCUGAAUGUCAUCAUGGGACAUCUCUGUCCACUCACCUUCUCUUCCAGGUCAAGUUCUCUUCACCAUAACAUAAUAUUGAACCCUUAAAGCUCCUUCCUUCCUCUCAGCCUAUUUCUGUUUCCACUUCCUGUCUGCCUGUUACUUCCUGUCAAUGUCUCUCCACAGUAAGACUCCAUACUGAAAGAUCCAUAGACCAUAUCAUGCCAAUGGAUCUGAUUGAAUUGUUCUCUACAGUCUACCAUGGAUCUGAUUGUAGUGUUCUCUACAGUCUACCGUGGAUCUGAUUGUAUUGUUCUCUACAGUCUACCGUGGAUCUGAUUGUAUUGUUCUCUACAGUCUACCAUGGAUCUGAUUGUAUUGUUCUCUACAGUCUACCAUGGAUCUGAUUGUAUUGUUCUCUACAGUCUACCAUGGAUCUGAUUGUAGUGUUCUCUACAGUCUACCGUGGAUCUGAUUGUAUUGUUCUCUACAGUCUACCAUGGAUCUGAUUGUAUUGGAUCUGAUUGUAUUGUUCUCUACAGUCUACCAUGGAUCUGAUUGUAUUGUUCUCUACAGUCUACCGUGGAUCUGAUUGUAUUGGAUCUGAUUGUAUUGUUCUCUACAGUCUACCAUGGAUCUGAUUGUAUUGUUCUCUACAGUCUACCGUGGAUCUGAUUGUAUUGUUCUCUACAGUCUACCGUGGAUCUGAUUGUAUUGUUCUCUACAGUCUACCAUGGAUCUGAUUGUAUUGUUCUCUACAGUCUACCAUGGAUCUGAUUGUAUUGGAUCUGAUUGUAUUGUUCUCUACAGUCUACCAUGGAUCUGAUUGUAUUGGAUCUGAUUGUAUUGUUCUCUACAGUCUACCAUGGAUCUGAUUGUAUUGUUCUCUACAGUCUACCGUGGAUCUGAUUGUAUUGUUCUCUACAGUCUACCAUGGAUCUGAUUGUAUUGUUCUCUACAGUCUACCGUGGAUCUGAUUGUAUUGU